AUGGCCGGCUCGGAGCAGCAGCGGCCGCGGCGGCGGGACGACGGAGACUCGGCCGCAGCGGUGGCUCCCUUGCAGGACGCGGAACUCGCCCUGGCUGGCAUCAACAUGCUGCUCAACAACGGCUUUAGGGAGUCGGACCAGCUUUUCAAACAAUACAGAAACCAUAGCCCACUAAUGAGUUUUGGAGCCAGCUUUGUCAGUUUUUUGAAUGCCAUGAUGACCUUCGAGGAAGAAAAAAUGCAAUUGGCUUGUGAUGACUUAAAAACAACUGAAAAGCUGUGUGAAAGUGAAGAGGCUGGGGUCAUUGAAACAAUCAAGAAUAAGAUCAAGAAGAAUGUUGAUGUCCGAAAAUCCUCCCCCUCCACGGUUGAUCGGCUACAGAGGCAGAUAAUCAUAGCUGACUGUCAAGUUUACCUGGCUGUGCUUUCUUUUGUAAAACAAGAAUUGUCAGCCUAUAUCAAAGGUGGGUGGAUCCUCAGGAAAGCCUGGAAGAUUUACAAUAAAUGCUAUCUGGAUAUCAAUUCCCUUCAGGAGCUGUAUCAGAAGAAGCUUACUGAAGAGCCCUUAACUUCUGACACUGCAAAUGAUAAUCACAUUGUGGCUGAAGGGGUGUCUGAGGAGUCUCUAAAUAGACUGAAAGGUGCUGUUAGCUUUGGAUAUGGCCUUUUUCACCUUUGCAUAUCCAUGGUGCCCCCAAACCUGCUCAAAAUCAUCAACCUGCUGGGUUUUCCUGGAGACCGCCUACAGGGGCUUUCUUCACUGAUGUAUGCAAGCGAAAGUAAGGACAUGAAGGCCCCUUUAGCUACACUAGCUCUUCUCUGGUAUCACACUGUCGUCCGCCCGUUUUUUGCCUUGGACGGCAGUGACAACAAAGCAGGUCUGGAUGAAGCUAAGGAAAUUCUUCUCAAAAAAGAAGCUGCUUAUCCAAACUCUUCCCUCUUUAUGUUUUUCAAGGGACGGAUACAACGAUUAGAGUGUCAAAUCAACAGUGCCUUGACAUCUUUCCACACUGCUCUGGAACUUGCGGUAGACCAGAGAGAGAUCCAGCAUGUGUGUCUGUAUGAAAUUGGUUGGUGCAGUAUGAUUGAGCUGAACUUCAAGGACGCAUUCGAUUCAUUUGAGAGGCUGAAAAACGAGUCCCGGUGGUCCCAGUGCUAUUACGCGUAUUUAACUGCAGUGUGUCAAGGAGCCACUGGUGAUGUGGAUGGAGCACAGAUUGUCUUUAAAGACGUUCAGAAACUCUUCAAAAGGAAAAACAAUCAGAUCGAACAGUUCUCAGUGAAAAAGGCAGAGAGAUUUCGGAAACAAACACCAACCAAAGUGCUCUGUGUGUUGGCAUCUAUUGAAGUGUUAUACUUGUGGAAAGCUCUUCCAAACUGUUCCUUUCCCAACCUACAGAAGAUGAGUCAAGCUUGCCAUGAAGUGGAUGAUUCAUCUGUUGCUGGAUUGAAGUAUUUGCUUCUUGGUGCCAUACACAAAUGUCUAGGAAACUCAGAAGAUGCUGUUCAGUUCUUUCAGAGAGCUGCUAAAGAUGAAUUGUGUCGUCAGAAUAACUUGUACAUUCAGCCCUAUGCUUGCUAUGAACUUGGCUGUCUUCUAUUAGAUAAACCAGAGACUGUAGCAAGAGGCAGAACUCUACUUCUUCAAGCAAAGGAGGAUUUCUCUGGCUACGACUUUGAAAACAGAUUGCAUGUGCGCAUCCACGCAGCUCUGGCCUCUCUGAGGGAGCUGGUUCCUCAGUGACAAACCCCAAGUUCCUUCUCUGUCCCUUCCCACCCAGGUUCUGCACUUUAAAGUCAAAGCAGAGGACACAACUCUUGUGAAGAUCAGCUUUCCUUCUGAAAACCACCUGUGCCAGAGACACAUUUGCCGGUUAAGCUGACGUGUUAAAAACCUCUUCUUUUGAACCUAUAGCUAAACAGUAAUAAUAUUAACAACAAUAAUAAAAACCUGGUGAGAGGGUUAAGUGACCUUGUUCACAUAUUUUACUUUUGUGAUUUAUUAUUUUUAAAAUAAAGUCAAACUAAAUAUUCAACCUGUGAUCUUGUAGGAAAACUUACCAUAAGCACACAUCUUGACUGGGUAACACAAAGAGAUUACCUGUAAAAUGAUUAAUAAUAUCAAGACAUAGCAUUUAUAUUGUGUUUUUGGGGAAAAAAAGUGGUUUCUAGUGUUUUA